AAUUUACUUUAUCGGUGUUGCAAACACGUGUGUCAACAACCAACCAUAACCUCCAUUGUACAAUACCCAAGUGACCAUGAAUCCCCUCAGUAAGUAAUCAUCCUUACAUCAAAAUGAAAAUUCAAAAACCCAAGUCAAGAACCAGAGACGAUCGUCGAACGCUCGAUGUGUUCGACGUUGAAGAGGCAAUAAUUAUCGAAGAGGUUCCCUUGAACACGGAGUUAUCAGCAGUGGUGGACCACAACCCGGGGGCACCCAAUCCCAAGAAAGAAAAAAAAAUCCCCCUGAAGAAAACACCUGGUUUCAGACCAGUAUCCAUCGACUCGGGGCUGAAGCUAGCACAACUUUUCUCAUCCCCGUCGCAAUCACUCCCUUCAAAUCACAACCACAGGAUCACCCGUCGUAAGAAUAAAAUUCUGCGAGAUUUCCUGUCGAGUGAAUCUACUGAAAAUUCCCUGGCAACCAUCACGACCUGUCGUACGAUCGUCCCUGACGAGAUUCGUCAAAAGAAACGGCAGAGGAGAAGUAAAAAAAUUGAAGACGCCCCACCGCCUAAUCCGGACUCAGAGGAUCCCUUGGAAGCUGAUGUCUCCAUAAAUUUGAACGAUAUAUCACUCCAGAAUGAAUCUAAUCGUUUCUGGGAGAACCCAGUAGAUUCUACCCUCGACACUUCACAGAUUCUCGACGAUUCACCAAUUCCACAUUUCUACAGUGUUCGUGACAAAGUCAUAUGCAUCCUCGACCCCCAGAGCCGAUUCUCCUUCCAAGGAAAGCUUAAGCUCCAGGUGCUAUAUGGAGCUGUCAAGGCUUACGGUGCAGUACUUGAUCGAACCCAUACAGAUCCUCCAGUGGAGGUCUACUCUUCAAGAGGUGCCAGUCUAGUCUCCAUAGAGUCCUCACUCCAGGAAAACCCAGGGACUAUCCCGGAUGUGUGGGCUGCUCUCAGCAAGGACAACAUCGACCAGAACAUCACCAAUGAUCUACAGAGAGACGUGAAUAAUCUGGAAGCUGGCUGGGCUGUUGUGAAGUUGCAGAGGCUGGAGAACAACUUGACAAAUUUCUUGAGUAAUUAUUCAAGUCACAGACUCUUUCCAAAGCUCGAGGAUCUGUGCAAGUACUCCUGGGUAGACCCAAAACGAGCAGAACUUGUCCUACAAGCUAAAAUACACUCUGCAAGUACUUGGAAACAGACGAUUCGGUUUCAUCGAACUGAUGCUGUCCUCCAGGGAAUUUUUAAAAAUUCGGAGCCAAGCCCUGACAUGAGGAUUGUUCUGACUGGGGGCAAGAACGUAGGAAAGUCGACUACAGGGCGAUAUUUCAUCAACAAGCUGCUGGAGUCUUUUGAGGCUGUGGCCUUCGUUGACCUGGAUAUAGGACAGGCUGAGUUCACACCUCCGGGGUGUAUAUCCCUGAAUAUCGUCAGGUGUCCCCUCCUCGGGCCCAACUUUACUCAUUUGCAAAGCCCUUGUCAUCAGCUGUACGUGGGAGGUGUUGAUGCUGCUAAAAAUUUCACGAAUUACAUCGAGGGUGUGCGACAAUUGACGGAGUUUCUCGAUGGCUGCGAGGAAAUCAAGGGCCUGCCCGUGCUGGUCAACACCAUGGGCUUCUGCAGGGGGCUCGGUUGGGACAUCAUGUGCUGCGUCAUCAAGAGACUUCGACCCACUCAUGUUGUGCAGAUAAAUUCCAGGAAUAGGAAGAAUAAUUAUGAUCAGCUGUUGACUCCCGAUUUGGUGACCCUUCAGAAUCCCACCUGGAAGGACACAUCGACUGCCAUGGUACCUCCCCACCCUCCCCUGAAUUAUGAACUCCACGUAGUGGAUACCGAAGCUGAAUCGGUAAAUCGAACUGAAGAACUGUGGAACAUCGAACCCUAUCAACAGAGGGAAAUCGCCAUGCUAGCCUACAUGAGUGAAAUAUUGAAACCCAGAAAGGGCCUCCAGGACUUGACGAGUAUCAACAAGGUCGUCCCAUACGAGGUGCCAUUUUCCGCAGUAAGCAUAUCACUCGGACAACCCAGCACAUCACACAUUCUCUCAGUUAUGAAUGGGAAUAUUGUUGCAAUGUGCAGCUUUGGUUCACAAGAUGAAAAUUCCGAACCGAAAAAAGUUGGCUAUCCCAAGGUCAUGAUUAGGACUCCUCCAUGCGUUUGCUACGGCUUCGGUAUUCUCCGAGGCGUUGACAUGACAAAUGAGAAAUUAUACAUCAAUACUCCACUCUCAUUGUCUAAAUUGAAACACGUUAAUUGCUUGAUUGGAUCCCUUCCAGUGCCUUCCGGUCUGUUACAGUUAAACAGUCCAGGCUCACCAUAUGUCGGUGGUGAGCCCGAGUUACCGACCAGUCGUGACCCGAGAAGAGGAUAUUUCCGUAUGAGGCAUCGUCAUGAUAUUUCGAUUUAAUACAAUUUUAUGAUUUGAACAAAUUUUGAUAGAAAAAAAAAAUGCAUUUUUUCUAUCAAAAAAUGAUGAAAACUUGAAAAAAAAUUUUUGCCAGGGGACAAUUGUUUUUUUUUAAGUCGAUGACAACACGAUGAUUCAGCACAUCACAGCGACAAUCAUAUGAUUUUCAUUUGACGAGUAAAUUACAAAAUAGAUAAUUUUCAAAACGAU